ACUCUGUUGUUUUUACGUUUUGUCAGCUUUAACGAAGCAAUAUCCUACACCCCCAGGAAGAACCUCGAGGACCACAUCAAGAAAUUCCAAUCGACCUGUGCCAACCAGAAAGCAUUCCCAACAACCAACAAAGCUAACUCCAUCGGUUCUAUCAACAACACGAAAAAAUACACCAAAGACAUCAGUUGUUCCAAAUCGCAGAUCGACUGUUAAGCCAACAUCAAGAAAACCAAAAACAACAGUUUCAGCUAAAAGUUCAACAAAACCAUCGUCACCGAUUAACAUACCGACACCCCAAGGGGCUCAAAAUGUUCCUGUUCAAUCAAAAGAACCUGCCUUACCAACUUUAUCAGAUGAAACAGAAAUGGAAACAGAAUCAUCACGAUUACCAACUGAGAGUAAUUCGUAUACUUCAACAACGAAAUCCAAUCCAAAAACUAAGGCCCCCAAGACACCAACAAAAACAAAAACUACAAACAACCUAUCAAACUGAGUUACCGACGAGUUCAACAGUCAAAAGUGAAGUCGCAUCUGAUCUGAAGGAAGAAUGUAUUAGAAAGACUGUUGGAAAUUUUGCCGAUCCAGAUGAUUGCCAUUAUUAUUACCGUUGUAUGAAAGGAGUCUUAAAUAGACAGGAAUGUCCAAGGGGCUUUGGUUGGGAUGCAAAGAGCAAGAUGUGUAGUACUAAGGGAUGUUUGAAAUAAAAUGUACUAUU